AUGUCAUCAGACCGGCCGAGCACGUCCGGAGGCCCGAGUUCGAAGAACUCAGACAAGAACAGCUUCAACUUCGACAAAAGGGUAUCUAGAGAUGAUUUCUUCCUGGCUUCGAGUUCGAUACCUACGAGAGGGGUCGGAUCAAAGCCGUAUGUGACUACUCCAGGGCAACUGCCAACUCCUGACGCCAGCCCACGAUCAUCCCCUGCACCGCGGCCUGCCAUUGUUCCAAUCAUCAGGAUGGCGACGCCUGAGUCUUCAACCGAAAACGUACCGGCGGGAAUCGGAAUGGCACUUGGAAGUCCUGCUCACCCUCCCAGGACCGGGGGCACGUGGAACCCGCAGAGCUCGCUCCGGCCAAGGCAGGCUUCGACGCCAGUCCUGACUUCGCCUGCAUCUAGAGUCGGCGGUACGGACUCUUACGGCAUGCCUAUACAAAAGAAGCAGCACAGCAAAUGGAAAUUGUUCAGCAAGUUCGGAAGGAAACAUUCAGACCAAUCGGCUUCGGCGGUCUCCAUCUCAGAGCCAAAUGAGUUGAAGGGCUUUCACAGACAGGAGCAGCCGCCGGGAAGAUGGGCACCAGAGAGGAGUAAUACGAUGGAAAAUAGCAAGACUUUAAGGUACAAGCCAACCAGAUCUCAGACGAUGCCAUACAUGGAAGGCCACGAGGCUUUUGGGAGUAUUCCCAUAGUUUUGGACGAUACCGCCCCCAGCUCAGUCUCGGCUGGUCCACUCUUGACCGUCGAUAUUCCUGAUAUCACCAUGGAAAGGUAUAGCGUCAUGUUCGGCAGCGUCCUACAACCGCCGCCAUCGCAAUCGCUCCUGGCAAGACGUCAAGCCACUGUGAAGAAGCUGAAGAGCAUCAAGGACACCAUAGAACAUGAAGAGGAAAAGAAAUAUCACGUCCAGCCUCGUAGGGAAACGUCACCUCAACCCGUGACGAGAUCACCUGCAUUCGCAUUAUUUCCACCUACGCCCUCAAGUAGGCCAAAGCAGUUGCAUCCUCUGAGACAAUCUCAACACUCGAGGUCGAACACUUCCCCCGCGACUCUGCCGUCUCCUUCAAGGGCCACAUUUGAAGGUUCGGCUUACGGUCAACGACCGUCUAUCGACGAAGGAUCAGGCUUGAACAGCUUGAAGCAUCCUCCGGCUCAUCACCAGAAGAAGGGCAAGCUCAACAUUGCCACUCUGGCCAAAGGAAGAGAGCAAAAUACUACCCCGGUGUCUCAGCUCGGCAACGGCCAGUCAAGCCUGCUCCGCGAGUCACCAACCGACAUGGACUCGCCCGAGUACGAAGUGGUGACAGUGGAGCAGCUACGGCCGAAUGCCCAGCACAUGCAGGCAGAGCCGCGAUGGCAGCAGAUAAGCCCAUCUCAACUCACUCUUUCGACCGCGUCGUCCGCCACGAGCGACCGCAAGCGCUCCCCUUCGCUGGCCUCGUCCGCGCACACGCACGUCACGUCGUCCUCGGACCUGGACGAUCCGGCCGUCGUCGUCGAGACGGCCAAGAUGACCGCAGUCGAGAUGUCCAUCGCGCGCCAGAUCUCCAUCUCCCAGCAGCAGCGCGAGAUGCUGCGCCCGCUACGGACGGCGUCCCCAGCAUGCCCAGCGCCCGGAAAGGCGCGACCUAGCCCAUUCAGAAGCACCACGUCGACUAGCACGGCCACGAGCCCGGUCGCGCUGUCCAUCGGCAAGAAUGAGAGGCUGGCGGAGACCAAGACGUUGACGCCCAUCCUCGUCCACCCGUCUGCGACCCUGGACUCGCAGCUCGCGCAGCACCGCAAGAGCGAAUUCAUUGUUCUCGAGGGCGCAUAA